AUGAACAGAAUAUCGCUGAGAGAUGCAUACAAGAGCAUAGCAGGUCUACGGGCUUGUUCUCCCAAGACCCAAAGAAAAGGCUUGUUGAGCUAUUCAGGAUGGUUUCACUCGCAGACGCAAACUCAGGUGGUAGUGAUUGGUGAGUCCUGGAAUCAAUCUGAUAGGCGCUCAGAUUUAACUGUUCCGGUGGUCACAUUUGCUCACAUCAAGGUUGUGUCUAAUUCCGGGUUUUUGCUUUCUGUCUCUAAAAAGCGUUUUAGCAGACAUUGUAGAAAACAGUAUCCUCUCCAAGAUUGGAAAAUGUAA